AUGGGCGGAUACCUAUCAACGUUCACAAAGCUGAUAUGGGCAAAGAAGGAGAUACGGAUAUUGAUUCUGGGGCUUGAUAAUGCUGGCAAGACAACACUACUAUACAGACUCAAGAUUGGCGAAGUAGUCACAACAAUACCAACAAUAGGCUUCAACGUCGAGUCGGUAACAUACAAGAACCUGAAUUUCAACGUCUGGGACCUAGGAGGCCAGACCUCGAUCCGCCCGUACUGGCGCUGCUACUAUGCCAACACGGCCGCCGUAAUAUUCGUCAUUGACAGUACCGACAUUGAGCGCCUCACGACUGCUUCUGAAGAACUCCGCGCCAUGCUCAACGAAGAAGAACUCCGCGACGCUGCGCUCCUCGUCUUCGCGAACAAACAGGAUCAACCAGGCGCAAAGGGCGCGGGCGAGAUUAGCGAGGCGCUGCGGCUCGGCGAGCUCAAAGAUAGGAAUUGGAGCAUUGUCGCGUGCAGUGCUGUCGACGGAAGGGGUGUGCAGGAGGGCAUGGAUUGGCUGGUGAGCAACGUGGGAGAGGGAAACAACUGA